GUAAAGGAAAGCGGGAGUGAAAAGUGGGAGAAAAUCACAAGCACAAACACAAACACUGGGUACGGUGGUGACGUGUCGACUACGAUAUAAAUACCGUACAGUUUCGCCAUUUUUGACUUCAUAGUCCACAACCAAUAGGGCGGGAACCCCAAUUUUCAGCAGAACUACCUCUAAUCUAGCUCAACCUCAUGCCAGAACCAACCAUGAGUCUGCGCCACGGCACCAAGGUUUGGGUCCACGAUAGAGAUUCCGCUUGGAUUCCCGCUGAAGUGCUCGAGUCUUCGGGAAAGAAAGUUACCGUUGCCACCGCUUCCGGCAAGAAGGUUGUUUUUCUUCCGGAGAACGUGUUUCCCAGGGAUGCUGAUGAAGAAGAGCACGGCGGAGUCGAAGAUAUGACGAGGUUGGCUUACUUGAAUGAGCCAGGGGUGUUGUACAAUCUCCAGAGAAGAUAUGCACUGAACGAUAUUUAUACAUAUACAGGGAGCAUUUUAAUAGCUGUUAAUCCAUUCACAAAGCUUCCUCAUUUGUAUGAUAUCCAUAUGAUGGAGCAGUAUAAGGGAGCUCUGUUUGGUGAGCUUAGUCCACAUGUAUUUGCUGUUGCCGAUGCAUCUUAUAGAGCAAUGAUGAAUGGAGGUCAAAGCCAAUCUAUCUUGGUCAGCGGUGAAAGUGGUGCUGGGAAAACUGAGACAACAAAAUUGAUUAUGCAAUAUCUUACGUAUGUUGGUGGGCGUGCUGCUGGUGAUGAUAGAACAGUUGAACAACAAGUUCUUGAAUCAAAUCCACUUUUAGAGGCAUUUGGAAACGCAAGGACUGUCAGGAAUGACAAUUCAAGCCGAUUUGGGAAGUUUGUUGAAAUUCAGUUUGAUUCAAAUGGUAGAAUAUCUGGUGCUGCAAUUAGAACUUACUUACUAGAAAGAUCACGAGUAGUGCAGAUAACAGAUCCAGAAAGAAAUUAUCACUGCUUUUAUCAAUUGUGUGCAUCUGAAAGGGAUGUAGAAAAGUAUAAGUUGGGAAAGCCAAGCCACUUCCACUAUUUGAAUCAAAGUAAAGUCUAUGAAUUAGAUGGCGUAAGCAGUGCUGAAGAGUACAUGAAGACGAGGAGAGCAAUGGAUAUUGUUGGCAUAAGUCUAGGGGAUCAGGAAGCCAUAUUUUGCACCUUAGCUGCAAUUUUACAUUUGGGAAACAUUGAAUUUUCUCCUGGAAAAGAGCAUGACUCGUCAGUAAUAAAAGAUGAAAAAUCAAGAUUUCAUUUGCAGAUGGCUGCUAAUCUUUUCAGGUGUGAUUUGAACCUACUGCUAGCAACACUAUGCACCCGUUCAAUACAAACCCGAGAAGGAAAUAUCAUCAAAGCUCUUGACUGUAAUGCUGCUGUCGCUGGUCGGGAUGCUUUGGCAAAAACUGUCUAUGCUCGUUUAUUUGAUUGGCUUGUUGAUAAGAUCAAUAGUUCUGUCGGGCAAGAUAUCAGUUCCCAGAAGCAAAUUGGAGUUUUGGAUAUAUAUGGUUUUGAGUGUUUUAAGGAUAAUAGUUUUGAGCAAUUCUGCAUCAAUUUUGCAAAUGAAAAGCUCCAGCAACAUUUUAAUCAGCAUGUUUUCAAGAUGGAGCAGGAAGAAUACAGCAAAGAAGAAAUCAACUGGAGUUACAUUGAGUUUAUAGACAACCAAGAUGUUUUAGAUUUGAUUGAAAAGAAACCCAUUGGUAUUAUUGCUUUGUUAGAUGAAGCUUGCAUGUUUCCAAAAUCAACGCACGAAACAUUCUCAACCAAGUUGUUUAAGCACUUCCUGUCACACCCUAGGUUAGAAAAGGAGAAGUUUUCUGAAACAGAUUUUACCCUUUCUCAUUAUGCUGGAAAGGUCACUUACCAUACAAACACCUUCUUAGACAAAAAUCGUGAUUAUGUAGUCGUAGAACAUUGUAAUCUAUUAUCCUCUUCAAAAUGCCCCUUUGUGUCGGCUCUUUUUCCUUUGCUAUCAGAGGAAUCUUCAAGGUCAUCAUACAAGUUUUCUUCUGUGGCUUCCAGAUUUAAGCAACAACUUCAAUCACUCAUGGAAACACUUAACACAACAGAGCCUCAUUACAUUCGAUGUGUCAAGCCGAAUUCUUUGAAUCGACCACAAAAGUUUGAGAAUACUAGUGUCAUACACCAAUUACGCUGUGGGGGUGUCCUUGAGGCUGUUAGAAUAAGUCUGGCAGGUUACCCCACUCGAAGGAUUUACUCAGAGUUUGUAGAUCGCUUUGGAUUAAUAGCUCCCGAAUUUAUGGAUGGAAGUUAUGAUGACAAAGAUGUAACUCUGAAAAUAUUGCAAAAGCUAAAGCUUGAGAAUUUUCAGUUAGGUAGGACCAAGGUAUUUCUCAGGGCUGGUCAAAUUUGCAUUUUAGACUCUAGACGUGCAGAAGUUUUGGACAAUGCUGCAAAGUGUAUUCAGCGUCGACUGCGGACAUUUAUUGCACGCCGGGAUUUCAUCUCAAUCCAAGCUGCUGCUCUUUCUCUUCAAGCAUGCUGCAGGGGAUUCAUUGGCCGAAAGUUAUAUGCUUCUAAACGGGAAACAUCAGCAGCUAUCUCCAUUCAGAAAUAUAUCCGUAUGUGUUGGAUGAGGCAUGCUUAUGUGAAAUUAUAUUAUUCAGCUAUUAUUGUACAGUCCAAUGUUCGUGGUUUCACAACUCGUCAAAGGUUCUUGCAUAGAAAAGAACACAAAGCUGCCACUUCUAUUCAGGCCUAUUGGAGGAUGUGCAAGGUUCGGUCUGCCUUCCUAAAACAUCAAAAUUCAAUUGUAGUUAUACAAUGCCUUUGGCGGUGUAAACAAGCAAAAAGAGAGCUUCGCAAACUUAAACAUGAGGCUAAUGAAGCUGGAGCCUUGCGUUUAGCUAAGAAUAAACUUGAGAAACAAUUGGAAGAGCUUACAUGGCGUUUGCAUCUUGAGAAAAAAAUAAGGGUUUCUAAUGAAGAGGCUAAGCAUGUUGAGAUUUCCAAGCUACAGAAGAUGGUAGAUGCUCUGAAUCUUGAAUUAGAUGCAGCUAAACUAGCAACAAUUAAUGAGUGCGACAAAAAUGCGGUUUUGCAAAAUCAGUUGCAAUUGUUAGUAAAGGAAAAAUCUGCUUUAGAAAGAGAGCUAGUUGCAAUGGAUGAAGUGCGAAAGGAAAAUGCUCUAUUAAAGGGUUCAUUGGAUGCUUUUGAAAAGAAGAGCACCGCUUUGGAGCUCGAGCUUGUGAAUGCUCGGAAAGACCAUGAUAAAACCAUUCAGAAAAUGAGGGAGUUUGAAGAUAAGUGUUCUGAACUUGGGCAAAAUGUCAAAAGUCUUGAGGAAAAGCUCUCAAUUUUAGAGGAUGAAAAUCACGUGCUUCGGCAGAAAGCCUUAAGUGUCUCUCCUAAGAGUAACCAUCGAGGUUUGACAAAGUCAUUAUCUGAAAAAUACUCAAGCGCAAUAGCCCCCUGCACCGAGCAGAAGCCCACAUUUGAAUCGCCCGCACCUACAAAACUUAUUUCCCAUAUUACACAUGGCGGCUUGUCAGACUCUCGUCGAUCAAAAUUAACAGCAGAGAAGCACCAGGAUAACUAUGAACUCCUCUCUAGGUGCAUCAAAGAGGAUUUGGGGUUCAAAAAUGGUAAACCUCUGGCAGCUAGUAUCAUAUACAAAUGUCUUCAUCAUUGGCAUGCAUUUGAAUCUGAGCGCACAGCCAUAUUUGAUUACAUAGUUGAUGGAAUUAAUGAUGUUCUUAAGGUUAGAGACAAUGACAUUGUCUUGCCAUAUUGGCUGUCCAAUACAUCUGCACUUCUAUGCCUCUUGCAAAGGAACUUGCAUCCAAAUGGUUUUUUAACAACCACUGCUCAACGUUAUGCCAGAUCAUCUGGCUUGACCAGCCGAAUAGGGAAUGGACUGAGGUCUCCAUUGAAGCUUAUUGUAUAUGAUGAUAAUACAUCACAGGUGGAGGCAAGAUAUCCAGCUAUUCUUUUUAAACAACAACUAACUGCUUGCGUAGAGAAGAUUUUUGGCCUUAUACGUGAUAAUUUGAAAAAGGAGCUGUCUCCACUUCUGGGAUCAUGUAUUCAGGCACCUAAGGCUAAAAUGGGUCGAGUGCAAGGUGGAAAAUCAUCUAGAUCUCCUGGUGGGCUUCCUCAACAAUCACCUGUUGCUCAAUGGGACAACAUCAUCAAUUUUUUGGAUUCUCUCAUGAGCCGCUUAUGUGCAAAUCAUGUACCAUCCUUCUUCAUCCGCAAGCUAGUUACUCAGGUUUUUUCCUUCAUCAAUAUUACACUCUUCAACAGCCUUCUGUUGCGGCGUGAAUGUUGUACUUUCUCAAAUGGUGAAUAUGUUAAGUCUGGUCUCGCAGAACUUGAGAAAUGGAUAGCAAAUGCAAAAGAGGAGUAUGCAGGAACGUCCUGGCAUGGGCUGAAUUAUAUAAGACAAGCUGUUGGGUUUCUGGUAAUACAUCAGAAGAGGAAAAAAUCUUUGGAAGAAAUUCGGCAGGAUCUUUGUCCGGCAUUGACUGUGAGGCAAAUUUAUCGAAUCAGUACUAUGUACUGGGACGACAAGUAUGGAACCCAGAGUGUGUCCAAUGAGGUAGUUAGUGAAAUGAGGGAAAUUGUGAGCAAGGACAAUCAGUGUUUGAGCUCUAAUUCAUUCUUGUUGGAUGAUGAUAUGAGCAUUCCUUUUUCUGCUGAAGACAUAGAUAAGGCAAUCCCUGCUAUAAAUACUGUUGAUAUCGAUCUUCCAGCAUUUUUGUGUGAAUAUCCCUGUGCCCAGUUUCUUAUUUUACAUGAGAAGUAAUUGAUCUACACUACAAUUGGGAGAUCGUUGCUUGAAACUUAGCUUCAAUAUUUGAUCUCUGGAAUUAAAUGACAGCACAACCUAGUUGCUUGAAACUUAGCUUCAAUAUUUGAUCUCUGGAAUUAUAUGGCAGCACAACCUAGUCGGAAAUGUUUCCAUUCAAGUGGACGGCAAUCUUAGUUGUCAUCAGGUUUACUGGUCUCAGUCACCAAAUGCUUUUGGUAAUCAGUUUAUAUUACUUACCGAUCAGAGAAGAAAAAAUGAUUUUCUUGGCUUGAUUUGUAACUUCUCUGAGUUACAUAGUUAAGCAGUAUAGCUUGACGUGCUGCUUCUAUUAUUGCAGCCCAUCGUCUCACGUAUUUAUCAUUUAGAUUUUAUGUUGUAUUCUAUGUAGGUAUGAGAUUGUAAUCAGAGCCUUGGCCAAAGAAAUUAAAAGUUUUAUUCUUUGAUGUAAAAAUGCUGAGCAAGUCUUGGAGUUGCAUUUUUUUAUUCGUUUCAAACUUCAUCCGUCAGCAGUGUGAUGCUGGUGAUUUUUCCUUUGAAAAGUUGGAAGAUCGGCUAUACAUAACUUCGUAAUGGAAUAUCAGCUUAUGGGUAUCUUUGGCUGACUUUGGAUGCCAUUGAUUAAUUUUGGAAGUGUCUCAGUUCUGCUGGUGAUUAGAGGCGGAUAACCAUUUUUUUUCUUGGUUGACACUGCCUGAUGCCAAGAUGUACACUAGCUACACCACAAUGGAAUAAUAUCAGUGAUCGGUCCUUCUAAAAUCUUGGUUAGGGCGAGAAAAAUGACUGAUGAGUAUACCAUCACUUCAAUUAAGUAUGGUGCGUGUAAUGAUUUUUUUUUAGAUGGCAUUAUUUUGCCUUCAAUGACCAGGAUUAGCCGCCAACAUUUUUUUUCCCAACUUGAUUUCAAUAAAUAUUUUUCCUAGCA